AUGGAGCUACAGGCACCCUUUGUCCUUGCCCAAUUGCCACGUGCUCUGGGUGCUUCAGCUGGUAAAUGCCAAUUAGGUGAAGUUCACGGUGUAGCGGGGCCCAAGAAAAGGAAACGACAUGAGGUCGUGGCCGCUAUCGACGGCGAGAGCGUGAAUAUUUACAACGUUCAAUUCCCAAAACUGGUCACCUCCUAUGCAAUUCCGCCGCAGUCUUCAUUUUCAUGUCCUCCCUGCUCAGUGCGGCAGAAGUCGACUCGGAACUCAAAUACAGUUACAAGAAGGCAAACUUAUUGUGCCAUAGAGCAACCGGAGAAUCAAGUGCAAUGUUUCCUAGAUGAGUCGACUGCUAGUGCUCAUAAUGCGUUAAACAUUUCCAACACCUCUUUCAAGCUGAAAGACUCCCAAAGCCCUAUUGUUUUCCUUGGCAUCAUUCCCGCAUCCCUAGAAGCAGAGAAUCAACAGGAUCCCUUCGAUGUACUUGUAGUUCAUAAAGAUGGACGGGUUCGCAGGCUCUCACCGGAUCUCAAGACUCAGAAGUGGAAUGCCCUUCCAACUACGGGGAUUGAGAGGUCCACUACACAUGAAAUCCAGACUGCAUUUCUUGUGGCUUUCGAUGACGCACGCAAGUCGCUGUUUAAGAAGCGGCAGGAUAUCGUAGCGAUGGUAAUGGGUGAUGAGAUUGGAACGGAGUCGGGCAAAUCCUCAAUGCUAAUACUUGUGUCCCGGCCACUUCACAAAGAGAACCUGCUUCCCAGCGACUUCGACGUAAACAUUUUUUCUCUACCCGCUCGCGCUGCAGAAGAUGAUUUCUCAACGAAUCACGCAAAGCGAUUGCGACACCUAAUGGCUAUUCGUCUACCGAACUCCGAAGAGCAACAAACGCCAUUCGACCCCAAGUCUCUGCACUGGAGCUUCCACCCUAACAAUAGUGGGCUCUCCUUAUCUUUUAAUAAUGGGUUUAUAAAUUACAAUAUAUCUCCAUAUUCACCUGAAAUAUCGUCUCAUUUGAUUCUUCCCAAUGAAACCUUCUCAUCAAUCAUGCGAAUAUCCCCGCAAUCUGUUAUCUGUGCUAGCAGAUCAUCAAUUGCAAUCUAUAACGCACGGUACCAAACAAUCCAAGCCGACCUUUCGCUAAUGGAUAUAUCUACUGCAAUCGCCGCAAAAUCAGAUACAGAUAGAGUACCUAUAGUUUUUGUCUCCUACUUUUCGAAGCUUGGAAUUGCCAUUGCGAUACGUGGAUCCGCACUUCUUGGCUUUGAUCUUUCAUCGUCUCAUGACCGAGAUGCGUCUCUAAAACAGUCUGGUGAUGAGCUUUUGAUCAAUGCACUUGGUAAAGGAAUUCGAUUGCCAUCAGAUUCGAUACGACAAAUGGAUGCAAAGCGAGUGAAUCACAUGCGGCUUUUGGGUCUCUCUGAACCUGACGAAGCUGCUCGGUGGGCUGAAUUCAAGAAGCAGCUUGAAGCCCUAGCUGAAGCUAAGGAUACUGUAAAGUUUGAUAAUGUUAUUAAAGAUGCAUUCUGCAGAGCCCCAGUAUCAGGCGAGGACGACAAGCCUAAACAUCUACCGUCAUCAGCGAAUUUUGUGGACCCAGACAAGGUUUCCUUCUUGCUUGGGAAGAUCUUUUCUUCAAGGGUCAAUGACGUUGACCCAAAGACUUCGAAGCUGGUCGUUUCUUUUAUGCCGCAUCAAACAUUCCGUUGGCUUAUAAAUUCCCAUAAUUUGAGCCUCAACAGUAUUCGGACAGCUCUUCGACAGUCAAUGAACUCAAAACAGAUGCCACCCAUCCCAAGCGGCUCACUGGUACAAGCCCUCGUCGAUUAUGAGCGUUCAAUCAAGUUACUGUUGCAAGUGCUACAGAACCCGAUAAAUCUCGACCCCCCCGAACUCGCACAUGCACUAAAGAUCCUCCUUGACUUCGCCCGCUUUCAUCAACCCAGAUCAGAAGAAGAAUUACCAACAAUCAUCACCGAAGCUGGUCGCCCAUCUAAAGAAAAUAGCCCUCAUAUAACAACCCCCGAAAACCAGAGUAAACCCACCACCACCACUCCUGAGAUUGACACCACCAUAACUGACGUCAUCACUGGCCUAAACCUAUCCCUCACAAAAUUAAACGGCCAUCCCAUCCACAAAGUGACCCAAGCAAUCCGCUCUGUCCUCUCUAACUCCGACACAGUUUCUAUAAUCCACCAUCUCCGCCACUCCCUUGCCACAGGGGGCUACACCUCACGGUUCAUGGAACAGUCAGAGGGGCCCCUUUCUUCCGACCCCAAAAUCCCCACCCUCAACCUUUCCACCAUGGUCAAUGUGUUAACUGCCUGUAUUGACGCCAUAGGGCCAAGUGGCUGGAUCUCCGCCGCUGCAUUCGCGGGUGCAGAAGACAGCGAAGCAAGCCUAAUCGCAGACAUGAAAUCCGAGAUCUCAGCUGUGCUGGUCGGCAUCGAAGAGGCAACAUAUCUCAAGGGCAUUGUGCGAGAAUUUGUCAGAUACGCUGAAACAGCCACUGUUGGUGCUGGCAGCGGCAAUAGGAACAAUAAGGAAAAUCAGGCUGAUCGAACAUCCCCGACCUUACCCCGUGGCAGUCGCCUGAAGCGCAAGGAACGACACAAUGGUGCUGAAAUCCUUAUAUAUGAUACUGAUAACGUCACUGUUGCUGAGGGGCUGCUAAACAGUGACACCCAAAUGCUUCCUCUGUCUCUUAAACGAGUGCAAGUUGCUGGCGGUGCGGGUAUAGCUGGUACAUCCACCACUAUGGUUGGUGAAGAGGUGAGCAGGACUAAGAUCCGGAAGAUGACGGGUGAGGUGGUAGCGCGAACUGAGCGUGAGAUCGGGUAUUUGAGACGGAAGGCGGUGGGGAAGUACUCGGUGUAG